AUGGAAAAGCUGAAAUCGGCACAGAAGGUUUUACGCAGCUCGUUUACAAAGGCGUAUAACGCUUUUCAAAUUGAGAGAAAGAAGUCGUCACCGGACUUAACCAAGUUACAGACACAGUUUGCAUUAAUACGAGAUAAAGCAAGCGAACUCGGUGAAUUGAGUCACAAGAUACAAGAUGCGAUGCUUGACGCUGAUGAAGAAGAAGAAAUUCUUAUUAAAGAAGUAGAGAACGCUGACGAAUAUACGGCCAAAUAUCAUCAGACAAAGAUCGAGCUGAGUGACCUUGUGGAAGCAGGGCCGUCGCAGAUGCCAGUUCCCCAGCCAAUAAUAAUAACUUCUCAGGAAAGUAUUCGUGUGCUAAAGCUUCCUAAGAUCGAAUUGAGGAAAUUCGGGGGCGAAAUUAAAGACUGGCUCUCAUUUUGGAGCACAUUUCGAAAGAUUCACGAAGACGCGACGUUAUCAAGGGAAGACAAAUUCCACUAUCUUUUACAAUCUACAGUUAAAGAUUCGCGCGCGUUCGAGGUAGUCAAUAGUUUCCCCCCUACCGCGGAUAACUAUGAGAAGGCCGUCGAAAGUCUUAAAUCUCGUUUCGGUAAAAAAGACUUGCUUAUAGAAUUUUAUGUACGAGAGCUUUUAAAAUUAGUUUUGAACAAAAGCAAGAACAUCUCGCUGAUUUCAAUCUAUGAUAAAUUAGAGACACAUUUGCGAGCGCUCGAGUCACUAGGCGUAACUACAGACAUGUGUGCUGCGAUGUUAUUCCCAUUGGUUGAAUCCUCGCUGCCAGAAGAAAUUUUACGAACCUGGCAGCGGGCAAUGGCUACAAUGGAUGUUUCGAUUACGAAUGUUACUGCCAAAGAUCGUCUCAUGCAUUUGAUGGCAUUUUUAGAUAAAGAAGUGGAGAGCGAAGAACGCAUCCAUAUGGCCAAGACGUGUUUUGAGACAAAUGACGAUUCGACGAAGAGCAAGGAUAAAAAGAAAUUAAAAGGCGAUCGAAAUCAAGAUAUCGUUACGGCAGCCGGACUGUUAACGGUGAAAGAAACAAGUACGCUGAAAUGUUUGUUCUGCGAAGAGCCUCAUGAUAGUCUACAUUGCGGAAAGGCCAGGAGCAUGUCUGUGGAACAGCGAAUCACUUUAAUUAAGAAUAAGCAUGGUUGUUUUAAAUGUCUGCGGACAGGACACAGUUAUAUAAAAUGUCGUAGCAAAGGAAAAUGCGCAUGGUGUGGAAAAGGACACUGUUUGCUGUUGUGUAAGAAUAUUAUCACUAGCGACAAAAAAGCGGAUAAAGGCACUGAGAAAGAACAAAGUGAGUCAGCCUUUAACGAAGUAAGUAGUGGACUUGCCAAUAUUUCUUUAGACGCUAAAGUAUUUUUACCUAUGUUAAAAGUUAAAUUGCGAGGUUCUAAAGGUACAGUAAAUGCACGAGCUGUUAUUGAUACUGGUUCUCACAAGUCUUAUAUUUUGAAUCGAGCAGCAGAAGAAUUAGAUUACAAGACCGUGGGAGAACAAACCAUGGUACACUUAUUAUUCGGAGGAGCCAGAACCAAACCACAGAAUCGCAAAGCAUGUCGGAUUUAUUUGGAGCACCUCGAUGGUUCGUACAAGUGCGAUUUCAUCGUUUUUCAACAAGAAGUUAUUUGUCACAGCACUCCCAAAUCAAACAAUAAGCCGUGGAAGGAGGCGCUUAGACAGAAUAAGGUACAAUUAUCUGAUGAUGGAGAAGGUGACGAACCUAUCACAGUAUUAAUAGGAGUAGAUAUUGCCGGAAGGUUGUUCACCGGGAAGUUACUUCAGUUAGAUAACAAUAUAACGGCUAUUGAGACGAAACUUGGUUGGACAUUAAUGGGUAGAAAUUUAAUCGACAAAAACAAAGAAGAUACAACUUUGAUGAUUGUGUCUAUGAUGACAGAAAAUGCCAGUGUAUCGGACCUAUGGAAACUGGAUGCUCUAGGAAUUACAGAUCCUAUAGAAAGUAAAACUAAGGAAGCACGUCAAGCGGAAGUGAAAAUUUUGUUUCGAGAUUGA